UGGUCCUCAAGUGAUGGCGUGAUAAGAGUACACCGUCACAGACAGUCAACAGAAAGUUUCUCCUCAACUUUUGUAACCUACAAUACCACCAUGAUCCAGGCCACUGCAGCAGCAGAUGAAUGCAUUAAUGUUUUAAGAGUGUACCACACCCGCAGACACCACUGUCUUGUUCUGCAAGAGGGCAUUAUUUCAAAACUAGAACACCACGCCCACAGAGACACAUUCUGCCUCCACUACUUGAGUCUGCUCGGUCCUUACCUGACCCAUUACCUGCCGGCUCCGUUUCAGGGAGAGAACAGGUGCGUCUCCUACAUCCAGUCUCCCCUCAUGCUGCCCGUUGCCAUGGCUAAGUUGAAGAUCAUGAGGUCCAUCAUGGUGGUGGUCCUCAUAUCGGGUCUUUCAGUGCUGCAGUUCUGGGAUGACUUCCAGAAGGGGUUCACCUACCGCAAGAAGGACAACGUAGGGACAACAGGACAAAACCACACUACUGGAGCCCACCAAGAUGCUAACCCUAAACUGUCCGAUGAUAAAAACAAAGAGGUGCUUCCUUUGUGUCCCAUGACCUCCCCUCUUAUAGGUGGGCCGAUUAACGUGAGCUUCCCAGGAAGACUCACCUUCGCCAAGGUUGAGCAGAAAUACCCACAGGUGGAACUCGGUGGACACUACCGCCCGCAUGACUGCCGAGCGAGGCACCGCACGGCCAUUAUCAUCCCAUACAGGAACCGCGAGCGCCACCUAAAGUACUUGCUCUACAACCUGCAUCCUUUCCUGCAGCGGCAGCAGCUUGAUUACCGCAUCUACAUCAUUAACCAGGCUGGGAACUACACAUUUAACAAGGCUCGGCUGAUGAACGCCGGCUUCUGGGAGGUCAUGCAAGAGGAGGAAUGGGAGUGUAUCUUUUUCCACGAUGUGGACCUCAUUCCCGAGGAUGACCGCAACAACUACUUGUGCGGAUCCAAUCCCAAACACUUCUCCGUUGCCGUCAACAAGUUUGACUACAAACUUCCGUACCAAGCAUGCUUCGGAGGAGUGACUGCUUUCACGCCUCUUCAAUACCGCAAAAUUAACGGUUUUCCCAACAACUACUGGGGUUGGGGUGGCGAGGACGAUGACAUUGGGCUCAGGGUCUCUUUGGCGGGAAUGCACGUCAUACGUCCGUCCAUGGAGGUGGGACGCUACAAAAUGAUUAAACACAAGCGGGACAAAGGCAACGAAAAAAACAAUUUGAGGUACAAAUAUAUGUCCGACACACCUGUGAUGUGGCAGAAGGACGGGAUGAACACAGCAGAGUAUGAGGUUCUCUCCCGGGAGCGCCUGCCUCUCUACACCAACAUCACAGUCAACGUCGGCACAGAGGCCGGCCUGCAUCCACCUUCUGCGAUACCGACACAGAGGCCAGCCAUGCUCCCAAACCUGUGAAAUCAUAAAAGGAGCUAAUUAAAGGUCCACUAAGACAUGUUGUAAAUAUUAA